AUGGCUUCAUUCUUAAAAAGUGCUCAAGCAUUAAAACCAUUAUUUGACAGAGUUUUAAUUCAAAGAUUAAAACCAGCCACUCAAACCGCUUCUGGUAUUUUCAUUCCAGAAAAGAAUCAAGAAAAGUUAAAUCAAGGUACUGUGGUUGCUGCUGGUCCAGGUAUUGCUAGUCCUACUACUGGUGAAUUAAUUCCAACUGCUCUUAAAGCUGGUGAUAGAGUUUUAUUACCAUCAUACGGUGGAUCUCCAAUCAAAGUUGGUGAAGAAGAAUAUCUUUUAUAUACUGAUAAAGAAAUCUUAGCUAAGAUUGAAGAUAAUUAA